AUGUCUGAAUCAAUACCAAAGCUCACUACAAUCCAUAGCGGGGUCCCAGCCCGUCUCUCAAAUGAAGCUCUGGCUGCAAAAGAGAGAACAUAUUCUCUGCGAACCUUACCAACUAGUGUGCCGCGCCAAAGCGAAUUGAGACUUCCACCCGAUGUGACGAGAGAUGUUUUUGAUAAAGCCAUUGAUGAAUUGAGGAAAGUGCUAGGUAAAGCCGGUGUUGAAUUGAACGACAAACCACUGGUUGAUGGGUGGUACAUGGAACAUCCAAACACCCAUGAUGCAUACCACAUCGUCGACCAAGAGGAAAUGGUCUGCAGCGCCAUCGUCUACCCAUCCUCUACGACCGAAGUUCAAUCCAUAGUGCGAUGGGCCAAUGAAUUCAAGAUACCCAUCUACCCCGUCUCCAUGGGUCGCAAUCUAGGCUACGGAGGUGCCUCUCCUCGAGUCCCAGGAUCGGUUGUAAUUGAUUUGGGAAGAAAAAUGAAUCAAGUGCUGAAGAUCGAUGGAGAGAAUGCGAGUUGCAUGGUUGAACCUGGUGUUAGCUAUUUUAAGCUUUAUGACGAGAUUCAGAAGGCGGGAUUCAAGCUUUGGAUUGAUACGCCUGAUUUGGGGGGUGGAAGUGUGCUAGGAAAUGCAAUUGACCGAGGGGUCGGUUACACUCCAUACGGCGACCACUUUGCCAACCACUGUGGCAUGGAAAUAGUUCUCCCAGAUGGCAGCCUCCUCAGGACUGGAAUGGGCGCUCUGCCCGGAAAAGAUGGCACAGAUAAUCCCACGUGGGAGUCGUUCCAACAUGCAUACGGUCCCGUAAUCGACGGCAUCUUCAGCCAAAGCAACUUCGGAAUCGUAACCAAGAUGGGGUUCUGGCUGAUGCCCGAAACAGGUCAUCAAUCCUACAUGAUCACUUUCCCACGCGAAGAUGAUUUCGAGCAAAUCGUCGAGAUCAUCAGACCCCUCGCCCAGAAACGGAUACUGGGAAACAUUCCCCAACUCCGGCAUGCCAUCCAGGAACUCGCAGUAACGGGAAAGCCCAGAACAACCUGGUACAACGGCCCUGGCCACUUCCCUCGCGACGUAAUCCGCGAAGGAGUAAAGCAACUCCCGGUCGGUGACAUAUCCUGGGUCUUCUACGGCACCCAAUACGGCGACACCGCAUCCAUCUCCUCCCAACUCGCCCUCAUAAAGUCCGCCUUCGCCGCAAUCCGAGGGAGCAAGUUCUUGCUCCCUUCCGACCUGCCACCGGACCAUUACAUCCACUCCCGCGUGCAAGUCUGCUCUGGCGUCCCAGUGCUUCGAGAGCUCGACUGGCUGAACUGGAAACCCAACGCCGCACACCUAUUCUUCAGCCCCAUUGUGCCCACGCGCGGCUCCUCGGCGCGAGUCAUCCACGAUAUCAUCACACGUCUACAUGCCAAGUACGACUUCGACGUCUUCCCCACACUUUGCGUCGCUGGGCGAGAAAUGCAUUAUAUUGCCAAUAUUGUGUACGAUCGCUCCUCUGAAGACGAGAAAAGGAGAGCGAGAGAGCUGAUGAGAGAAUUGAUUGACGAGGCAGCGAAAGAGGGGUUCGGGGAGUAUCGAACGCAUUUGCUGUUUGCCGACCAGGUGGCUGGGACGUAUAAUUGGGGAGAUGGGGCGCUUAGAAGGUUUAAUGAGGCGAUCAAGGAUGCGCUAGAUCCGAAUGGGAUUCUUGCGCCUGGUCGGAAUGGGAUUUGGCCGAAAGGGUAUAGAGGGAAGGGGUGGGAAUUGGUUGGUGAGAAGGCAAAGGGAUGUGCGAAGGCUAGAAUGUGA